AUGCGCCACGCAGCGACGCAGACUCGGGCGGGUGUGUGCCGAAUUCACUUUCAUUUGCGACAUCUCAUCGUCUCCCGAAGGUCACGGUGCAGCGGGCAUCGUUCCGUGCGUCGCACGUGUGACGCGGCGGGUGAUACGGCGGCCGCUGACCGACUAGGUGAGUCGAUCGGUCUCGCGCUCGUCUUCCUCGACUCGUUUCUCCCACGUUUAUCGUCUCCGCUCCACACCGUUCGUGCGGAAAGACGUUACAAAGAAAUGCCCGGAACAAAUACAUUUCAGGUGAAAUGCGAGCCUCUAUCUGACGAAGAAGAAAACGGCACACUGUACUCUAAAACUUUUUUUAGCGAUCAGCUGACGUCAGAUUACGUUCCGAUAAAGUUGGAACCGGCACCGAGAUCGGACGAAAAUGUUUCUUCAAAUCUACUGCAUCACUUGCAGACAACGGUCUUACUCCGGUAUUUGUGGGGUCUUGGUCUGGAGACAUGUCAUUACCCAUACAAAAUCAUGGUCCAUACAAGCCACGUUUCCCAGCAGUGCGUCCAAGGUUCGCUCGAGGAGCCGCCCGCGCCCGCCGCGCCCUCCGCCACACCCGUGUGCGAGCACGCGCCCGCACCAUACGAAGCGUCGCUCGCCACGCUUCAGCCCGCACAAGCGGACAUAGGUUCAUCACUUAUCAGCCGGCACUUAGAAAUGAUGAACACGAACGAACUAGCUGACUCCGCUGAGUUUGUUCCGCUAAUGUCUAUCAAGGAUGAGCCUACGUCCGAAGGAGAACAGCCACAUUUAAGCAGUGACGAUACGAGCGAUUCUAAUGGUCCCCCGCAUGAAACAGUCUGUCGAGGUAGUCCAAAGAGCUGGACUCAGAAGGACAUGGACCAGGCCUUGGAAGCUCUCCGGAAACACCAUAUGAGUCUCACUAAGGCAAGUAGUAGAUUCGGAAUACCGUCAACCACACUAUGGCAGCGCGCGCAUCGUCUCGGCAUCGAUACGCCUAAGAAAGAUGGGGGGGCGAAGUCCUGGGGAGCUUCGGAUCUUGCCAGGGCUCUGGCCGCGCUACGGUCCGGUACAUUAUCUGCUAAUAAGGCUAGCAAGGCCUAUGGCAUCCCCAGCAGCACGCUGUACAAGAUCGCGCGGCGUGAGGGCAUCCGCCUCGCCGCGCCCUUCAACGCCGCGCCCACCGCCUGGCGCCGCGCCGACCUGACGCGCGCGCUCGCCGCCAUCCGCUGCGGCGCCGCCUCCGUGCAGCGCGCCGCCGCGCAGUUCGGCAUCCCCACCGGUACAUUGUACGGGCGGUGUAAGCGAGAGGGUAUAGAGUUGUCUCGCUCUAACCCGACACCUUGGUCCGAAGACGCUAUGGAAGAGGCACUGGAAGCUGUCAGGGUGGGUCAGAUGUCCAUCAAUCAAGCGGCGAUCCAUUUCAAUUUACCGUAUUCGUCUCUGUAUGGCCGUUUUAAAAGAUGCAAAUUUCCACCCGUUCAGGGUCAACCGAUACAACAGGAGCUCCCGCCGCCCGAAGAGAGCCACCCACACAUGUACUACCAGCACACACACCCAGAGCGAGAACACGUUUAUAUGAGCGAAGAACACACGCACGCGUACGCUCACUUGCCAUACACACACUGCCACGUGACGAGCUGA